AUGGCAUCUCUGACAUCCUCCAGCCGCAGAUCCUCCUCAUCCUAUCGCUCAUCAUCACGUUACAGCACCUCCAGCUCCUACCGGUCAGAGGGCUCACUGGGUGGAUCGUCCGAUUGUCUGGACCAUCUGUUUGAGCCGUUUCUUGACUCUGCUGAUCAUUCCAGUCUGUUUGGAGAAGAGGGCCCUGGGGGACCCACCUGUUUGGUCCCUUUCAGCAGACAGACCAGAUCCACCUAUGGACACACUGCUCCUGUGGGUGGCGCUGUGACAGGCCGUCAGAGCAGCGCAGGCGGCAGGGUACAUUGUCUAGGAGACAGCUACUAUAUGUCUGCGGACGUCAGCCAGUUUGAGCCACAUGACAUAGUAGUGAUGGCCUACAAACAUCAUGUCGUCAUUCACGCCCAAAAGGUAUUGGAUGAUGGAAGCGUCAGUGACACAUUCACCCAUAAAUCCCUGUUCCCGGAGGAUAUGGACCCCCUGUCGGUCAGUGGGACCCUUAACCCUGAUGGUUCCCUGGUGGUGAGCGUCCGCCGGACCACAGCACUCAGUGGGCUGGAGCACCUGGGUGUUCCAACCUACCGCAGUGAAGCUCAUCUCUGA